AUGGCUUCCAUCACCCACGACCAAGCCGCCGGCACCGAUCUCAAUCUCGAGAAGGGUUACAUGGCAAUCACCGACGAGAAGAUCAAGCUUCAGAGCAAUAUCACUUCUGGCGAUUUAAUCGUUAUCGAUGACCAGACUGCCUCUCUCUCCAGCAAGUGCUACCACAGCAUCAAUCAGGUGAUUGACCUCCCCAGACUUCAGUACGCUGUCAUGGAGGGUCUGAAGGUUGGAUGGAAGAUCGCCCCUGUUGGCUUCGCCGUCUACGUCGUCGCCAUGCUCGUCCUGGUUGUGAUGCCUCGUCUUGCUGCUGCUCACGGAUCCCUUGGCCUGACGGGCGAGGUCGCUGCUCGCCAGGAGUACUCCAUCAACAACACCAUCAACCUUGCCCACUGCAUCCCCAAGCUUCAGCAGCGUGGAAUUCUCGAUCAGGCUGUCGCUCGCCGCAUUGCCAAAUACAACGAGCACGCUCAGCUCAUCCGCCGCACCGUCGACAACGUCCUCAAGACCGACCAUGAGAUCACCGACGGCAGCAUCACCAUGGAUUCGACUGAUGCCGAGGUCUUUGCUACCCGCGACGACGGCUGCGUUCUGAGCAUCGAGACCACCGAGGGUCCCUUCUACGUCGAGGGAGAGUUUGUCCGCUGGGCCCUCUGGGACGACGAGUUUGGCAUUCCCAUGUACCUCGACCUUCAGGUCAUCGACACCGAGACCUGCGAGCCCGCUCCUGACGUUUGGGUUGAAGUCUGGCACGCGAACGCCACCGGCGUCUACUCCGGCGUCGUCACCAACGCCAACGGUGCCGGCGACUCCGAUCCCGACAACGCCUUCAAGACUUUCCACCGCGGCCUCCAGAAGACCAACGCCGACGGCGCCGUCUGGUUUGGCACCAACUUCCCGGGCCACUACGCCGGCCGCACCCCGCACGUCCACAUCAUGACCCACGCCGCCGGAACAGAGGCCCUCGCCAACGACACCGUCCAGAACAACGUCGCUACCCACGCCGGCCAGAUGUUCUUCGACCAGAAGCUCGUCGAGAAGAUGCGCAAGCACGAGCGCUACGGCAAGAACAAGCAGCAAUUCAUCGAGAACAAGGACGACGCCUACUUCCGCCAGGAGGCCGAGUUCACCGACCCCGUCAUGAGCUACGUCCUGCUCGACCAGGAGGACAAGGACAUCGCCGAGGGCAUCAUGGCUUGGAAGCUCGUCGGAGUGAACAUGACCAACGUCCGCGAGCUGUAUGUUGCUGACACUUUCCUUGGUCAGUAA